AUACCAAGCCAGCUGCCAAUUGCUUCGUACCGGAUUAUCUGGAAGCUCCUCUUCGUCAUCCACUGAUAUCGCCAUUUCUUCCUCCCCUCCAAAACCAAAACACUAGUUUCAAAUCAGCACGCUUCCCCAACCUCCAGCUUCCAAAACGCAGUCGUUCAGUGCAUAAUGUGUAUGCAACGAAAUCAAUGGCGAGAGUAAUACCAGUGGCUAUGGCGGCCUCUUUACUCCCCCACAUCACUUCCCUCUCUCUCCCUCUCAAGCCCUAUCUCUCGCUGACAAGUCUCCUCUUCCUCAAACCCUUCUCUCGCUCGUGCGCCGACAGCUCCCCCGGCUCCGUCAACUGCUUCGCCGUUCCCCAAACUCCACGCCCUCCAAACAGCUUGAAUGGAGAUGUUGGCCCUUACUUGUCCUGUUCUAUGCCUCAUCAGAGUCUUAAAGUCGCCGUCUUGCUUAGCGGCGGUGUCGAUAGCAGUGUCGCGCUCCGCCUCCUCCAUGCCGCCGGUCACUCCUGCACCGCCUUCUACCUCAAAAUUUGGUUCCAAGAAGACUUUGAGAACUUUUGGUCAGAAUGCCCAUGGGAAGAAGAUUUGAAGUAUGCAAAUGCUGUCUGCAAUCAGGUUGAUGUCCCACUAGAAGUCGUGCAUUUGACGGAUGAAUAUUGGAAGAAUGUGGUAUCCUACAUUAUUGAAGAGUAUCAAUGUGGCAGAACUCCUAACCCAGAUGUUCUUUGCAAUACAAGAAUAAAGUUUGGUUCAUUCAUGGAUGCCAUCAGCAGUAUGAAGUUUGAUCGUGUGGCAUCUGGGCAUUACGCAAAUGUUGCCCACCCACCUGCAAGUCAAACGGACAAGGAUUCGGUUCUAGAACUAUCACAAGAUAUGGUGAAGGAUCAGACGUACUUCCUUUCACAUCUUUCUCAGGCCCAGCUUAAGAGAUUAAUAUUCCCACUUGGUUGUCUGUCAAAGGAUGAAGUUCGCAAACUUGCAACAAAGUUUGAUCUGCCUAACAAAGACAGAAAGGAUUCACAAGGAAUAUGCUUUCUAGGGAAGAUCAAGUUCAAUGAAUUUAUCGCAAGACACAUAGGGGAGAACAAAGGUGUCAUAUUGGAAGCUGAGUCAGGAGAUUUCCUAGGAAAUCAUCGGGGGUUUUGGUUCUACACAAUUGGUCAACGACAAGGUCUACGCCUUCCUGGAGGACCCUGGUAUGUUGUUGAGAAGGAUAUAAAAAACAAUGUAGUUUUUGUGUCAAGAAAUUACUUUUCAGACGAAAAAAGAAGGCGCCUGUUUCGUGUUGGCUCCUUGAAGUGGCUAAAUGGUCUGCCCCCAAACCAGAUCAGUCAGCUAGAGUGUAAGGUUAGGCAUGGGCCUGCUUUUUGUAAUUGUUGCUUAAUAAUGGAACCCGGUGAAGAUGGUCACGAAGAUGUUGCAGUUGUCCAUUUAUCUCAAGAUGAUCAAGGCCUGGCAGCGGGGCAGUUUGCAGCCUUCUACCGGGGAAGAACCUGCUUGGGCUCCGGUGUAAUUUUGGAGUCUUGGGAUGAUCAAGGUUUUCCCGUGUGUGCAAGAGCCCUUGAAAUUGCAAGACUGGAAGAUAAAUCACUUCUCGGAAAACCAGUUAAGAUUAAAGUAAAGCCUGAGAAUGUUAUAACGGAGUCUGGUGAGGCAGAUGGUACCGAACUUUGUGGAGGACUGGAAAAUUCUAGAAUUGCUGCUGUCAAACAUCCCACGCCCAUGCAGCAACUGUCGUUUAUUCCGUCAUAGCUUCAGACAUGCUAAAAUGGAACAAGACAACAUAGACAUAUACAGCUCACAAAAAUAUGGUGCAGGUGCAGGCAGCAGGAUCCACAACUGUUCCAAGUAGAAAACAAAUUGACGUUGAUGGAUCCAUCUCUUAGCACAUGGAUACAUAGGGCUACCAUUUACAUGAGUCAAAGCAGUCAAAGCAGAAAACAAUAACACACCCAUUUAUAAAUAAUUAAGAAACCAGUCAAAGCAGCUGAAUCCACACGAUAAAAUAAUUCUUUCCGUUUGCAUCUUUAGUCUAUUGAAUUUAUAUUAAGAGCUUAUGUACAACAAAAAGGGUGGUUUUUUAAGUCCUAGCUAUAUACCAUUUGCAUGAGUUUUUCAUAUGAAUUUGAGAACGAUGGUUGUUUAAUUGUACCCACAGAGCAA